UUGGGGCCAAGACCCCAAGUUUCUUUGCCCCUAACUCUACCUCCUGGGCUCACAGACCAUCUUUCCCUCCCCCGUGCCCCGCCCCAGGCUGUGACUGGGCUGGACCCAGCAUGGACAAAGAAUAUUCACGUCCAGAGCCGAAUAAAACGAGAGCUCCAUGUUUCAGUCUCUGCUUGUCUGUGCCCAUUCCGGCCUCCUAAUCCGAGCCCGGUCCCUAAUAUAUUCUUCCCCUUUAUCCAUGCACCUGUUCCCUCACGGAAGUCCCUCUGGCUGUCUAACUUGAAUCCAAUCCUCCGUAGCGCCUCUUUCGCGCCAACUCAACUCAUGCAGCUGCACCUCCCGUGGGGGGCUUUGGUGGGCCGACCUGACCCCAAAGCAGCCCUCCGCCCCCCGCAGAGUGGUAGGGCUGCCAUCCGCUCCGGCUGGAUACCUCACGCGCGUGACUCGACUGUACUCAGAGGUGGGCUGUGCGUUCCAAGCUGAGCCCCGUUCCUCGAAGAGAAAGGAGAGCGAGAGAGACAAAGCGGCCUGGGGAGCCGAAGAGCCCGGUGCUCAGAGCGGAGAUGCUGCCUGAAACCGGGGAGGCCGAACGCUGGAGAAUCGGGCCGGGCAGCCGGAGACCGAGGACUGGGGAUCGAACGGAGGGAGCGGAUUGGACGCUGGGACCCGAAGGGGGCGGGGACAGGAGGCCGCGAUUGCAAGGGGGCGGGGACAAAGCCGGGGGCUGGAAUACCGGGCUAGGCGCACGCGAGACCGAAAUCGGGGUUCCUGGAUGUUGGACAAUCGGGGGCGGGCAGGAGCUCCGGAGACCCGUUGACCAAGUCGUGAACUCGUCGCACUGAGAUUGGACAUAUGCAAGUGGGAGACUUGGGUCCGGCGCUCUAAAUCGGGGGUCGGGGUGGGGGGUGUACUCGGGCUUGGUGCCCAGGAUCCGAUCGGCGGCCCCCUGACUCAGCGAGAGGUCUCCACUGACGUCCCCCAAAACACUGGGGUCUCGGGCUGGGACCCUCAAGACCCCUCAGGUGGGCUCUAGCGUGACAUGGCUGAAGCGCACCAGGCCGUGGGCUUCCGACCCUCGCUGACUUCGGACGGGGGGGAAGCGGAGCUCAGCGCGCCCGUCUUGCAGGAGAUCUACGUCUCCGGGCUGCGCUCCUGGAAAAGGCAUCUCUCCCGAUUCUGGAACGACUUCCUCACUGGUGUCUUCCCCGCCAGCCCCCUCAGCUGGCUCUUCCUCUUCAGUGCAAUCCAGCUUGCCUGGUUCCUCCAGCUGGAUCCUUCCCUAGGACUCAUGGAGAAGAUCAAAGAGUUGCUGCCAGACUGGGGCGGCCAGCACCACAGGCUUCGGGGGGUCCUGGCAGCGGCGCUGUUCGCCUCGUGUCUGUGGGGAGCCCUGAUCCUCACACUUCACAUCGCCCUGAGGCUGCUUCUGUCCUACCACGGCUGGCUCCUGGAACCCCACGGAGCCAUGUCCUCACCCACCAAGACCUGGCUGGCCCUGGUCCGCAUCUUCUCCGGCCGCCAUCCGAUGCUCUUCAGUUACCAGCGCUCCCUGCCGCGCCAGCCCGUGCCCUCCGUGCAGGACACCGUGCGCAAGUACCUGGAAUCUGUCCGGCCCGUCCUCUCCGACGAGGACUUCGACUGGACGGCGGGCCUAGCGCAGGAAUUCCUGAAGCUGCAGGCGUCGCUGCUGCAGUGGUACCUGCGGCUCAAGUCCUGGUGGGCGUCCAAUUACGUCAGUGACUGGUGGGAAGAAUUUGUGUACCUGCGCUCCCGCAACUCGCUGAUGGUGAACAGCAACUAUUAUAUGAUGGACUUCCUGUACGUCACGCCCACACCGGUGCAGGCGGCUCGCGCGGGGAACGCGGUCCACGCGCUCCUCCUGUACCGCCACCGCCUGAACCGCCAGGAGAUCCUGCCGACUUUGCUGAUGGGAAUGCGGCCCUUAUGCUCUGCCCAGUAUGAGAAGAUAUUCAACACCACGCGCAUUCCUGGCAUCCAAAAAGACCACAUCCGCCACCUCCGUGACAGCCGACACGUGGCCGUCUUCCACCGGGGCCGCUUCUUCCGCGUGGGGACCCACUCCCAAAGUGGCCUGCUGUCCCCGCGGGCCCUGGAGCAGCAGUUCCAGCGAAUCCUGGACGACCCCUCGCCCGCCUGCCCCCACGAGGAGCACCUGGCGGCUCUGACGGCCGCUCCCAGGGACAUGUGGGCCCAGGUGCGGAGGUCCCUGAAGACCCGGGCGGGGGAUGCCCUGGAGGCUGUGGAAGGGGCUGCUUUUUUUGUGUCACUCGACUCGGAGCCCGCGGGGCUGGCCAGGGAGGACCCCGCAGCCUCGCUGGAUGCCUAUGCCCACGCCCUGCUGGCAGGCAGGGGCCACGACCGCUGGUUUGACAAAUCCUUCAGCCUGAUGGUCUUCUCCAAUGGGAAGCUGGGCCUCAGCGUGGAGCACUCGUGGGCUGACUGCCCCAUCUCAGGACACAUGUGGGAGUUCACUCUGGCCACAGAAUGCUUUCAUCUCGGCUACUCGGCAGACGGCCAUUGCAAGGGGCACCCUGACCCCUCGCUGCCCCAUCCCCAGCGGCUGCACUGGGACCUUCCAGACAAGAUCCAUCUAUCCAUCUCUCUAGCGCUGAGGGGAGCCAAGACCUUGUCUGGAAACAUCGACUGCCACGUCUUCCCCUUCUCCCACUUCGGCAAGAGCUUCAUCAAACGCUGCCACCUGUCUUCAGACAGCUUCAUCCAGAUGGCCUUGCAGCUGGCCCACUUUCGGGACAGGGGUCAAUUCUGCCUGACUUAUGAGUCGACCAUGACCCGCUUGUUCCUGGAAGGCCGGACGGAGACGGUGCGAUCUUGCACGCGGGAGGCCUGCAACUUUGUGAGAGCCAUGGAGGACAGAGAGAAGACAGACCCACAGUGCCUCGCCUUGUUCCGCGUGGCGGUGGACAAACACCAGGCUCUGCUGAAGGCAGCCAUGAGCGGACAGGGGGUCGACCGUCACCUCUUCGCGCUCUACAUCGUGUCCCAAUUCCUCCACCUGCAGUCGCCCUUCCUGGACCAGGUUCACUCGGAGCAGUGGCAGCUGGCUACCAGCCAGAUCCCGGUUCAGCAAGUCCACCUGUUUGACGUCCACAACUACCCCGACUACGUUUCCUCUGGUGGUGGAUUCGGGCCUGCCGAUGACCAUGGUUACGGUGUUUCUUACAUCUUCAUGGGGGAUGACACGAUCACCUUCCACAUCUCCAGCAAAAAAUCAAGCACAAAAACGGACUCCCACCGGCUGGGGCAGCACAUCGAGGAUGCGUUGUUGGAUGUGGCCUCCUUGUUCCAGGAGGGGCAGCGUCUGAAGCGUGGGUGCAGAGGGCUAGGGCAGGACGACUCGGGACACAGGUGCGGCUCUCUCCCCUGCCACACUAGGGGCUCCAGGGCACCCACGACAUCCGCCAACUUUUGACCCCUUCCAGCGGGGAGCUGGUCUCCCCAGGAACUAGGGGGAAGGUCUCUAUGGCUGGGCUGGUGCAGGAUGGAGGCAGCCCGUUUGGAAAUCCCACAUCUGGUCCAAUAAAGCUGUGUAAGCUGGA